AGAAGAGAAAUGUUGCAUAGAGCAGCAAGAAAUGCAUAUUCUUGGUGGUGGGCUAGCCAUAUUAGAACAAAACAGUCAAAAUGGCUGGAUGAAAAUCUCCAAGAUAUGGAGGAGAAGGUUGAAUACGUACUCAAAAUCAUAGACGAGGAUGGGGAAUCCUUUGCAAAGCGGGCAGAGAUGUAUUACAGGAGGAGGCCUGAGCUCUUGAACUUCGUGGAAGAUUUUUUCCGGAGUUACAGAGCUUUGGCAGAGAGAUUUGAUCAUUUAUCCAAAGAUCUUCAGACUGCUAAUCGAACCAUUGCAACUGUCUACCCUGAGAGAGUUCAACUCGCGAUGGAAGAUGAAGAUGGAGAACAAUUUCUUGCAGAAUUAGGACCUCCUAAGGAAUCAAAUGAGCCUUCCAAAAGCUCACCAGCAGCCCCAAAGUUAAGUUUCCCAAAAGUUCCUUCCUUUGCCAAACGAAAUGCCAAACCAUCAAGGUUAAUGUCAAAGAAAGGACUAAUAAAGUUCAAUGUUGAUGAUGCAAUUGCUGCAGCUCGUCCAAGAUCAGGUUUGAAAAAAUCCGAGGCACUCCAGGAAAUCGAUAAGCUUCAGAAGGAUAUUCUGGCACUUCAGACUGAGAAAGAGUUCAUCAAGAGCUCAUAUGAUAAUGGGCUAGCAAAGUACUGGGAAAUUGAAGAACGGGUCACUGAGUUGCAAUCAAAAGUUAGCAGCUUGCAAGAUGAGUUUGGCAUUGGCACAAUGAUAGAGGAUGAUGAAGCUCGGUCAUUGAUGACAGCCACAGCUCUGAACUCAUGCCAAGAGACCUUGGCUCGGUUGCAGGAAAAACAGAAGCAUUCAGUGGAAGAUGUCAUAGUUGAGCAUCGAAAGAUUUUAGAGGUCCUUGGAAAAUUUGAGACUCUAAAGGGAAAGUUUGUCAGUCGCCUGCCACAUCCACAAGUCCUCUCUGAAGUAAAUAAGUCUUCCAAUCCAGACUCGGAAUUGAAGUUGCUGAACCGACAAGUGGAAACUUCUGAAAGAGAGAAGCAUAAUGAAGAGAAAGUGCAUAAGGAGCUGGAAGCUAGUUCUACCAGUUCCAUGUCUGAUCUGGCAGAGAAGGUUGAUGAACUUGUAGAUAAAGUCAUAAACUUGGAAACUGCUUUCUCUUCCCAGAAUGCUUACGUAAAUAGAUUAAGAGCAGAGACAAAUGAACUUCAUUCACAUCUGACCAAAGCGGAAGAGGAGAAGGGGACUUUGGUUGAGUAUUCAGAGAGCAUGAGCAAGAGGAUAAGACAACUGGAGGAAGAACUUCUCAGGGUUCAGAAUGUCAAUGAAAGUUUUAGUUUUGAUGAUCUCUCUGAUAAAUUGCACAACAAUAGGCAAGAUAAAGACGUCAAAGAUACUUUCCUAUCCAAUAAAGUAAUCAAUGUUUCAGGAGUCGAUAAGGCAAAUCAGUUUCAAGCCCAUGGAGCAAUCAUGCCUGGAGAAAAUGUUCUAGGUAGCUCCAACGAUGUUACCAGUAAGGAAUGUUUGAAGAAAGAAGGCUUGCAAGGACAGGAGGAUUGUCUUGAAGUUGACCGGUCGAACAAUGAUACUAGAGAUGGAAAGAUGGAUGGUUCUUUAGAAGCUUGCCAGGGUGUUUCAGGUGUUGAUAAGGCCAGGCAGUUUCAGGUUCAUGAAGCAAUCAUACCUGGAUCAAACGUUCCAGGUAUCUCCAAAGGUCGAUCCACAAAAAAUGAUGGAAAUGUCGAGCUAAGAGGAGCAAAUGAUAGUGCAAACAGAAGUGAUUUUCCCGGUUCUGCAGCUGUCAAUCAGAAAGUGGAUACCGAAGUAAAUGAAUGCAUCAGAUCUCCUGGUUAUGAUGCAAUGAUCUCAACGGAUAUCAGAAUGGGAGAGGAAGCAAAGAAACAAUAUAUGUGGGAUAACCUCAUUCCCUUCAAAGUUGAAGCUGAAAAGCUUCCCAUAUCUGACCUUCAGAAUGACCAUGACGACUCAACCAAAAUUGGUCUUGUGAAGGAUGUGGAAGAUGUUAAGUUAGAGAAAGGGUUUGACAAAAGUCAACAAGUGCAUGUUACAGAUCAUGGAUCACCUACCAAAAAAACUGUCGAGCAAAAGGGCGCAAAUGAUCUUGCAGACAGAAGGGACAUUUUCCCUAGUUCUGUCGAAGAUAAAGAAGAAAAGCUCUACAAAACCAACCAUCAGAAUCAUCUGAAUGAAUUUUUACAAGAAGCUCUACCAAGGGAUUCUCCAGAUGUAAAUAUGGAGAGAGGAUCUGAUGAAAGUGAAAGCUUUCAUACUUCAAAUGAUGACUUGGCCACAAAAACAUACGUGAGGAAGGAAGAGCAAGCCAGGACAAAAGAUGCUGCAGACAAGAGCGAUUAUUUACACAUUGUUGAAGGUAAAGAAGAAAAGUUUUACAAAACCCACUACCAGACUCAUAUAAUGUAUUGUUCCCAAAAUUCGAUGAAAAUGAGGUCUGAUGAAAGUUAUCUACAUGUUUCAGACAAUGAAUCUGACAUCAGAAGAGAUAUGAGAAUGGAAGAGCAAGCAGACACAAAAGAUAUUGCAGAGAAGAGUGGUCGUUUGCACAUUCCCGCAGAAGGUAAAGAAGAAAAUUUUCAGAAAUCCAACCAACCGGAUUACCAAUAUGAUCUCCCUACAAAUGUUCCUAUAAGGGAUGCUUCUAACGCCAAGAUGGAGAAGGCAUUUCAUGAAAGUGAACACACACAUAUUUCAGAUGAUUCCUCAGCUAUCAAAGAAGAGAGAACGGAGGAGCUAGCUGUGAAGGUUGCUCCACAUGAAAGUCGGUCUAUGAGUUCAUCCUGCGACUCAUCUAUCUCAAAAGAUGUCAGAGAUGGACAGCAAGUAAGAAGAAUAAACUUUGCAGACAAGUUUGCUGCUUUCACAAGCAAAGAGGGAAGAAGUUUUUCCAAUGAUCUAUUGCAGGUAAUUCCAUCUGGAGCAACUCUAGAUGGCACUUUAGAAAGGGGAUCCAACGAAGAUGUUCACACAAUGAAUCCUCCUCAUCAUGAUUCAAUUUUCCUUGAAGACACAAAGAUACAACUUGAGAAACUGGAUUAUGAUCCUUCCAAUUCACAGAAUUACCUGAAAAAUAUCGAGGUAAAAGAUCAAGGAAGCACUCCUCAGAAGUCCACUCCAGAAAAAUUAGACCAAAGUGAAGAUAUAAGAGCAUCCAGUAGCAGCUCAGGAAUCUCAAUUACUAUGAACGACAAAGGUAGAAAGAAGGUAGGUGAUGAUCAUCAUCUCAAUAUAGCAGUUGGAUCUGCAACAGGAAACUUCUCCGAAAUGAAUGGCAGCAAGCAAUCAGAUGAUCUUCCAGCAAAGAUGGAUUUCAAGAAUAAAAUCGAGUCAGGGGAGCAAAACAAUGAAUUCUCUCACAAUUUCAUUCAAGCAAAACAAGAUGGCAACUUUCAACAAUCCAAUUGGCAUAACCAACUUGAAACGCAUUCAGCAAGGGUCCAAGUGAAAGAUAUUCCAAAACCUGUCCCAGAUGAUGAGCUAGAAGAAUGGGAAAGUAUUUUAGAUAAUCUUCCAUCUGUCUUGAGUGAUUAUAAGAGAGAUGACCUACAAAAGGAUGAGCUCCCAGAUCAAGUCGUUGUAGGGAAUGGCGAAGAUUCAAGGAGGCGAGUGUUCAGGACAAUUCACAAUGAGCUCUACACCGAGCAACAUGAAUCUGGAAUAGAGGAUGACCAACCAAACUGGAGAGAGCUGUUUCUAAACAGCCUGGAUGAUGACAGAGAGAAGAUACUACUUGAGGAGUAUACAUCAGUUCUUAGAAAUUUCAAGGGUGUGAAGAUGAAGCUCAAUGAUGCGGAGAAGAAAAGGAGAGCGAGCCACUUUCAAUAUGUUGUGCAGAUGAAAGUUCUAAAGAAUGCUAAUGCCUUGAAGGAUGCACAGAUUCUAUCCUUACAGCAUAGAUUGAACUCGCUUCAGUCAAAAGACAUUGAAACAAUAAAUUUCAAUGAAAUGCCAAAGGAAGCAACCUUGCAAGCUGCUGACAUGAAACUGGAAUCAACUGCACCAGAAGACAGAAGGAUCUCAGAUAUUGGGGAGGAUGGCGGAGAUAUCAAAGUUACUGAUGUCGAUGAAGCACAGUCCUUCACCACUGUUGAAGAGAAAGUACGGAUGGACAUUGAUGAUUUGCUGGAGGAAAACAUAGAGUUGUGGCUCAGAUUUAGCACCUCAUUUCAUCAACUACAUAAGUUUCAAACUUCAGUUCAGGAUUUACAAGAUGAAUUGAAUAAAGUGAGGGAAGAGCGCAAGCAAGAUACAGGUCAACCACGGUCGCUACUAUCAGGCAUCCGCCCAAUCUAUAGGCAUCUAAGAGAGAUACAUACUGAGUUGACAUUGUGGUUGGACCAUAAUGCAGUGCUGAAAGAUGACUUACAGAACAGGUUAUCAUCUCUAUCUAAUAUUCUCGAUGUGAUAACACGAUUGUCAAGGUCUAAAGAGAAUGAACCAGUGCUGAAUGCCUAUCAAGCAGCAAAGUUUCAAGGUGAGAUUUUAAACAUGAGGCAGGAGAACAAUAAACUAGCAGGUGAACUCGAAUUAGGGAUUGAAUGUAUCCGGAAACUUCAAAAUGAGAUCCAGAGCACACUGUCAAACCUUGACGAAGAACUUGGGCUGAAAAAACAGCCAGCAAGGCCUCGAUCCAAAAUUCCCCUGAGGUCCUUCUUGUUUGGAGUAAAGUUGAAGAGGCAGAGGCCGUCCAUAUUUUCCUGUGUGAAUCCAGCAUUGCAGAAACAGUACAGUGAUUUAUAACAGCACCAAGAUAGAUGCCUUUUUAACAGCAGUAGCCAGAUAGAUGUCUCUUUUUCCCUCUUUUGCUUCCCUUUUAGUUCUCUUGUAGUAAAUUCUUAAUAGUUGAAAAUUUAUUGAAGGAAAAAAGGUGUGUUGCCUUUUAUUGAGUAGAAU